AUGAGUGCACCUCCAGUCCGUAAGGCUUUAGCUACACUAUUGAGAGAUCCGGCCAAUGGGAACUGUGCAGACUGUAAGACGGCCACGCACCCGAGAUGGGCAUCUUGGUCUCUGGGAGUGUUUAUUUGCAUACGAUGCGCUGGAUUUCAUCGCUCUUUGGGCACUCACAUCUCAAAAGUGAAGUCUGUGGACCUUGAUACGUGGCAAGAGGAACAUUUACGCAAAGUUGUGGAAUUUGGAAACAACGCACAGGCCAAUGCAGUCUACGAGUGCAAGCUCGAGAACUCAACACCGGAUCCGUCGAAAUUGGGGGAUUUUAUCAGAAACAAGUACGAAUUGAGACGGUGGGAAGGCCCAGCAGGUUCGCAAAGCAAAACAGUAAAUUUGGGGAGAUCUAACAAUAGCACAGACAGUAGUAUAGGUAAGACAGGGACGCCAAAGCAGGUCUCUUCGUCUGCUACCACCAAUUCUUCUGCAAAAGCUACGCUUCUGAGUCGUUCGGCAACUCCUUCACAAGUGGAUCUCAAUUUAACUGCAACACCACCACCACCACAACCACCACGCACGACCUCAGCACGGAGCGCCCCCCGUGAACUAAAUGGGCGCCCAGAUCUAAAAAAAUCGAUCCUGUCGUUAUAUUCGAAACCACGAAACUCGUCUGCCAGCGUUGCGAGCGCUCAAAGUGGAAUGAGCUUGCCCAGUUCCAAAGACAACUCGAACAUUUCAAGCCCUAACGCAACACCAGCUCCGUCGCUCGAGGACAACGAGCUUUUCCAAAACGUGUGGUCUUGA